UAUGCUACGAUACAGAAGCUGAGGAAAGGGUGCCGAGAACAAGCCACAGAAUUGCAGUAUUGUCGUUGAUGAAGUCUGAUAAUCGCAAUAGUUAUCUCCAAUACUAAAUUAAGCAGGCGUUCGACAGCUAUACCAUUCUCUCCUAUUAUGAAAGCAUUAUAGAAAACAAUUAAGGAACGCUUCUAAACCAUAUGCUACAACUUCAGGGGGGAAAGAACUGUAAACGGAUUUUCUUGCCUCACAAAGUUUUUUUCCUUUCAAUGUUUCACUGCGAUAAGUCAAAAAAAAUAUUGCAGCAGCUCGAUUCACGAGGAACAAACAGGUGCUUUUGAUGGGGAAUUUGCCGACACUUUAACAGGGUGACCUGUUCAUAUGAACACAUUGCUGGAGAACAACCAGAGAAGAUAUUGUCUCUGGUGUUCCUGUGGGAUAUGAAUGAUAGCUUGAGAAUGUCACAUGAGAUCAUGAUGUUUCACCAAAUGACGGAACAAGCCCAGAACACCAGCUGUGAAGCACCCAUCCCCAUCUGCAAUAAGAGUGGAGACUCACUACAGCUGCCAACCUUCUCCACAGCAGCCAAAGUCAGAGUAAUCAUUACUUUCACUCUGUGUGCCGUGUCAGCUGUCUGUAACCUUGCUGUGCUGUGGGCCGCCAAUACCAACGGCAAGCGCAAGUCCCACGUUAGGAUAUUAAUAAUUAACCUGACUGUGGCAGACCUGCUGGUGACUUUCAUCGUCAUGCCUGUUGAUGCUGUCUGGAAUAUCACAGUUCAGUGGCAGGCAGGAGAUGUCGCCUGUAGGCUGCUGAUGUUCAUGAAACUUGUUGCCAUGUACUCCUGUGCUUUUGUCACAGUGGUCAUUAGCUUGGACCGCCAGUCUGCUAUCCUCAACCCACUGGCCAUCAAUGAGGCCAAGAAGAGAAGCAAGAUCAUGUUGUCUGUGGCGUGGGUGAUGAGUGUGAUUCUGUCUGUUCCCCAGAUGCUGAUAUUCCACAGUGUGACCAUCACGGUUCCAGAGAAGUUCACCCAGUGCACUACCCGCGGGAGCUUUGUCCAACACUGGCAGGAAACCCUGUACAACAUGUUCACCUUCGCCUGUCUUUUCCUGAUGCCACUGAUCAUCAUGAUCUUUUGUUACACACGGAUCCUGGUGGAGAUAUCCAGCCGCAUGACCCACGGCAACAUGUCUUCUAAGGAGAUACAUCUCCGACGCUCCCACAACAACAUUCCAAAAGCACGGAUGAGGACUUUGAAGAUGAGCAUUGUUAUCGUUACUUCCUUCAUCGUCUGCUGGACCCCUUACUACCUGUUGGGACUGUGGUACUGGUUCUUCCCUGACUAUAUGGAUGAGACGGUCUCCCAUUCUUUGACUCAUAUGCUCUUUAUUUUUGGCCUCUUCAAUGCCUGUUUGGACCCAGUAACUUACGGCCUGUUCACCAUCCAUUUCCGCCAUGGCCUGAAGCGCUACUGUCGGAGCACAGCCACGUUCAGUCGUGAGUCAGAGAACAACACUACCCUGACCGGCUCUUUCAGGCGCUCCCCCUUCCGCCUGACACAGCUUACCCAGCAAGGCCAGACCUCCAUCACUGGCCAGAUGGCAGAGGAGGAACAGGUCAAGAAAACCUGCCGCUAUAGCAACUACCUCACAGUUCACAGCAGUGGAGAAGGUGACCCAGGUCUGGCCAGUCUUGAAAGCACUAUAUGAGGGAUUAGAAUGAAUCCUACUAAAGAACAUUGCUUACCCUCAUCUUCACACCUUCAUCUGCUGGCUCACAAUUAAUACUUUAAAAAACUAAUUGUUGUGCUGCAAGAAAUCACAUUUGGAUACAUUUUCACAUUCAGCCAGACAGGGCUUAUAGUGUAAAUCAUGGUUUCCCCAAUAGGUGAGCAUAUUUGGCUGGCAGGGGAUUUUAUUUGCCCUCCCCCUUUUCAUUAUUUUCUUUGUUGGACAUCAUUAACUGUAAAAUCACCAGGAAAUCAGCUCAAAUUGAUUUUAAUGUAGGAAAUAUGUUCCCAAUAAUAGAGAGGCAUAUGUGAUCGUAUCCUUAUGUAAUCAAGGUUGGAAAUUCCCAAUGUAUUCAAGGUUUGAAAUAAUUCUGUUUUUGUCAAAUACUAUAUCUGUUUGGGAUUCUUGCAGUCAAUUUGCAGUGUACAAAUUAUUUAUAACUAUGUGCCGGCCCCCCGACCAUCCGCUCAAGGAAAAUCGGCCCACGGCUGAAUGUAAUUGGGGACACUUGAUGUAAAUCACAAGACACUUAUCUGCAUAUUACUUCAAACAAUAGUACUCCCAUGGAGUGGUCUUUGGACUUGUACAGGAAACAUUGUUUUUCAUUUAAUAGAGGCAUAAUAACCAAGCAUACCAGUAAAAACAAUGUUCCAUCAUGGAUAUAUCCAAUUCCCUCAAGAUGUGCCAAGGAGGAAGCCUAUAAAUUAAUUGAUCUUGGUUCAAGUAAAGUUAAUCUUGCAGGCAGACAUUACAUAUGGAUGGAAAUUCAGCUCGAGGACAUCUAGAUGCUGAACUUGUGGACUUCAUGGGUGGCUUCAUCAGAGUUUUCAUUGUGCAAUGUGAAAAACAGAUUUAUGUGAAUUAAAAAAGAUUGACAUUUUGCCCUAUGAUCAGAUGAAUGUUGUGAUACAGUAUAUAUUGUAUUCCACCCUAAUAGCCUUUAUAAUUGAAGUGGUUGGGCAUAGUGAAGUGUGAAUGUACCUUACAAUAUGUAUAGUCUUGGUUGGUUCUUUGGUGAUGUGUUAUUUAUGGAAAUAAGUGGUGCAGUGGUCUAAGGCACUGCAUCGCAGUGCUAACUGUGCCACUAGAGAU